AAGUCCUGUUCGUCGCCAUCAUCAUCAUGACAACAAUGUUCUCCAACAGCGGCUUCAUGUCCUCCACUCGCAGCGUUUAUGGGGGAGCUGGAGGGUCUGGAGUGCGCAUCUCCACCACCAGUUCAGCUUUUGGAGGUGGCCUGAAUCUUGCAGAUGCCAUUGAUGUCUCGGCUAAUGAGAAGCUAGCAAUGCAAAGCUUGAAUGAGCGUCUGGCCUCCUAUCUGGAGAAGGUGCGCUCCCUGGAGUCUGCCAAUGCUGAGCUGGAGCUCAAAAUCCACCAGUUCCUCGAGAACAAGGCUGCACCUGCAGCCCAGGACUACUCUGCCUACUUUGUCACCAUCAGCGACCUUCAGGCCAAGAUUCAGGGAGCCAUUGCUGUGAAUGGAGGACUGUAUCUCAACAUCGAUAACGCCAAGCUUUCUGCUGAUGACUUCAAAGCAAAGUUUGAGAACGAGCUGUCCAUAGAGCAGUCUGUGGAGGCCGACAUCUUUGGGCUGAGGAAAGUUCUGGAUGAACUGACGUUGACUAGGUCAGAUUUUCAGAUGCAGAUCGACGGUCUGCAAGAGGAACUAAUCUAUCUAAAGAAGAACCAUGAGGAAGAGCUCCUGAUGGCACGCACUCAGAUGGGUGGACAGGUGAAUGUGGAGGUGGAUGCUGCACCACAGCAAGACCUGAUGGCCAUCCUGGCUGGAAUCCGUGAGCAAUACGAAUCUGCAGCCGCUAAGAGCCGCAAGGAGCUUGAAGUGUGGUUCCAGAACAAGAGUGACACAAUAAACAAAGAAGUUGCCAUCAGCACAGAAACACUCCAGACAUCCAAAUCAGAAACCACAGAACUUAAGCGCACUCUUCAGAGUCUCGAAAUUGAGCUUCAGUCACAGCUCAGCAUGAAAGCGUCUCUCGAAGCCACUCUUGCCGAGACACAGAAUCGCUACGCACGAAUGCUCACUGGCUACCAGGUCCAGGUAACAAGUAUGGAGGAGCAGCUGGGGCAGCUUCGUGCUGAUCUCGCUCGCCAAGCUCAGGAGUAUCAGAUGUUACUAGACAUCAAGACCAGGCUGGAGAUAGAGAUCGCUGAGUACAGGAGACUGCUGGAUGGAGAACUGACCACCAGCACCACAACCAGCAGCAUCACCUCCUCCAGCUCCACCACGCAAAAGGUUGUGAUCGUCACUGAGGAGGUGGUUGAUGGUAAAGUGGUGACCUCCUCCAGGACUUCUGAGUCUACAACUACCACCAGCUAAACCUUUUGUGUCUUCAUGUAGUAAUAAGAUGAGUUCAAGCCCUGUGACAUGUUCCUCAAUGUUUACAGAGAAAAUAAAGUCAAGUCAAAAGACUUCA